AUGUCAUUAGGUCCGUCCGCUCAAACAUCUGCGCUUGUUGUGAUUACGCGCGUUCGCAUUAUUGCGGUUGUUUCUUUGAUCGUUACAUGGUCCAUCGCGAGUUUACUACCACACUAUACACCUACAAUCAAAGACCACGUUACCACGAGACUAAGCGAGGCUCGACAGAGGAUACCCAAAGUGAGUGUCGAAUGGCGUCCGCUAAGCCUGACCAAUGACCCGCGACACCGCUUCAACACGUCCAAGGUGGCGCUCUUGAUCGAGCCGCGACCCCUCCCACACCUCGUGCCCCAGAUUCUGCACAUGAUAUCCGUGGUACCGCCGGACUGGCGCUUUGUCUUCGUUGGUACCAACCUCUCAACGGCGAGCGUGGGCCGCAGCUACGCGACCAAGCACCAGCAGGUUGUCGGCAAACUCGACCUUCUAGUGCUCCCUACCCCUUGGGAGAUCGACAGCAAGGAGAAUGUGCACCGCCUGCUCACCGACAUGCGCUUUUAUGACGAGUUUCUCCCAGGCGUAGAAUGGCUGCUCAAGUACGAGUAUGAUAGCAUUCUCUGUGCCAAUUCGGCGACGAGCCUCAAUGAAUGGCUUCAUUGGGACUGGGCCGGAUCGCCAAGAACAAUGGAUGACCGCUUCUCCGGCAACGGCGGCCUGUCCCUUCGCCGCGUAUCUACAAUUAGGCGCGUGCUAAGUUUCCAGCAGCGCUACAACGACACUAACCCAGAAGACGAGUGGUUCGGCAUGCGCCUGGUGGUGCUCCCUGGCGCGAAGGUGGCAGCCGGGCAGGACGGCCAGCUGGCUGUGGAAGACCACUACAUUCCGAAUGCGAUGGGCUUCCACCUCAGGGACGGGGGCCAAGGCAUCUCAGACCAGGUCUGGAAGGAUCCAGCCCAGAGAAAGGCUAUCUUCGAAUACUGUCCCGAGCUCAGCCUCAUCAUGGACAUGAAGCUUGAGCGCGAGCGCUGUCUCGGCGAUAGGCUGGAUGGGACUAUUGAAGAGGAGAGGCCUGCAUAA